UCUCCCCAAUGACAGGCAGCUUCAAGCCUCCUUCUCCUCUUACUUGUGGGAACCCAGGACCAUUUACUGUGUUAUGCUGUGGCCACUGCUGCUGUCCCUGCUGUGUGCAGGAUCCACAGCUCAGGAGCUAAGAUUCCAGCUGGUAGUGCCCAAGUCAGUGACUGUCGAGGAAGGCCUGUGUGCCCAUGUGCCCUGCAGCGUCUCCUACCCCUCUUAUAAACCCCAUCUUCAACGUGUCUUUGGCUUCUGGUUCCAAGAAGGGGCCCAUUUACAUGAAGACCCUCCAGUGGCCACAAAUGACCCCAGACAACUAGUGCAGAGGGCAACACAGGGCCGAUUCCAUCUCCUUGGGGACCCAGAGAAAAAUGACUGUUCCCUGCUCAUCACAGAUGCACAGAAAAAUGACACAGGAAUGUACUUCUUCAGAGUGGUUAGAGAUCCUUUUGUGAGAUACACUUACAAAGGAAACCAGCUGUCACUGCAUGUGAUCCCUCUAACACGGACUCCUGACAUCCUUAACCAAGGGAUCCUGCAGGCUGGCCAUCCUAGCAACUUUACCUGCUCUGUGCCCUGGGCCUGUGAGAAGGGGACACCCCCCACCUUCUCCUGGAUGUCAGCUGCCUUUAUCUCUUUGAGUCCCAGAACCACAAAUUCCCCAGUGCUGACGAUCACACCUCAGCCCCAGGACCAUGGGGCCAACCUCACCUGUCUGGUGACCUUCUCUGGAGCAGGCGUCACUGUGGAAAGGACCAUCCAGCUCAAUGUUACCUGGAAAUCGGGUCAGAUGGCCGAGGUGCUGCUGGUGGCUGUCGGGGAGGCCGCUGUCAAGGUCCUGCUUCUUGGGCUGUGUCUCACGUUUCUUGGCGUGAUGGUCUCUAGAAAGAAGAAAGUAAGGCUGUCGGAGCACAUGGACUAUGAAGAUCCCAACAAGGUUCGUCAGCAGGACUCCAAGGUGCACAGUCAUCCGGAGAAUCCAAGAUGCUCAUAGGACUCGCCCUAGGAACAGAGCAGGCAUGGUGGUUUGAAUGAAAAUGGCCCCCAAUGGCUUAUAGGAAAUGGCACAGAGGUGUGGCCAGUGUCUCCUGCUGCCUGCUGAUCCAGAUGUAGAACUCUCAGCUGCCUCUCCAGCUCCAUGUCUGCCUGUGAGCCAUCAUGCUUCUCACAAUGACGACAAUGGACUAACCCUCUGAGCUGAUAAAUGUUUUCCUUUAUAAGAGUGUCGCUGUCAUGGUGCAUUUCCACAGGCUCUCUGCUGGAACCUGGGACUUGUUCUUCAGUCUAGACUGGCUGACAGCGGGCCCCAGGGUCACCUCUUUCUAAUCAUCAAUAUUCUGAUUAGAGUUACAUACAUGCAUGUAAACUUCAUGGGCGUGUUGGGAACCCAAACUCAGAUCCUCAGUUUACCCACCAGGUCACCUUUACUGCCUCUUGUAUAAUGGCUUUCUAGAGAGUCGGUAGCCUCUAUAUACCAACGACAAGUGCAUUGAAAGAGAAAUCAGGGAAGCAAUGGCAUUCACAGUAGCCUAAAAAGUACUUGGAAUAAGCUUAAUUAAGGGAUAAAAUAUGUGUAUAUAAAAACUUUAAAACACUAAAGAAAUAUGGGAAGACACCAGAGGACAGAAAGACCUUCCAUGUUCAUUGUUUCAUGUUGGUAUAAUGUGUUUUUUUUUUUAAUGUAUACACCUUACCCUUGUUCAUUCAAAUGCUGAUUUCUCACCCCCCCCCCCAACUCUCUGGUUUCAAUCUGGAUAUUGCAUUGUGAUACUCAUUCUAAGCAUCUUGUCUCAACUCUUGUGUAAACAGGACAAAAUAAAGCAACUAGACACAAUGUUGAGCAGGGAGGAGCCAGAGGACAGGAAAGAGGUGAGGAGCCAGAAGGCAGGAGAUGAGUGGGAGGAGAAGGGGCAAGAGGAGAGCUAGGAGAGCAGAGCUGGAGGACGUGGAGCAUGAACCAGACCUAAGAUUUCAUAAAAAGCAAGUAUAAUGUGGGAAAUCUAAAUGUUAGGAAACUGAGGGCUUGGAGGUUUAGGAGGGAGUAAAUAUUGCCCAGCAUUGUGUUCUAGGUUAACUAAAAA